GCCUACCACGGGAGCGCGAGGGACGCCACGAAUUCCGUUUGGAGGCAUCUUUGAGCUCGCGCAGUAGACACCAUGAGCAAAGCUCACCCUCCCGAGUUGAAAAAAAUUAUGGACAAGAAAUUAUCAUUGAAAUUAAAUGGUGGCAGACAUGUUCAAAGAAUAUUGCAGGGGUUCGAUCCGUUUAUGAAUCUUGUGAUAGAUGAAUGUGUGGAGAUGGCAACUAGUGGGCAACAGAACAAUAUUGGAAUGGUGGUAAUACGAGGAAACAGUAUCAUUGUGUUAGAAGCCUUAGAACGAAUAUAAACAAUGGAUGUGUUCAUCAGAAGAAUCAACUGCUUCC